CAGACCUCAUGGAUUUCCAGAGCAGAGGGAGAGCCCCAGAGAAGAGAAGUGGAGUCCUUGCGGCAGCGUUUUAGCAGGAGGAUGAGAGGCGGGAAUCUGCAGCGUCGUGCCAGGCCCCAGGCGCGGAAGAGGGGGAGAGCCGGGCCAGCGGACGCGUGAGCAGAGCUCCCGGCUGGAAUGCACCAGCUCAGCAAGGGAUUGUCCUCCCGGGGCUGCGCGGGCACUGCGCCGUGAGUCCGGGACGGCCGCCUGGGCCAUGGCGGCAGCAGACACCUCUUCAGCCACUCUUCGGCACCACGACCUGUGCAGCCGCGGCAUCCGCCUGGCCAGGAAGAUGCGCUCAGAUGUCACCGACCUCCUGGACAUCUAUGUGAGUUUGCCCUGCUCUCGGGGCUGGGAGUGGAGGCGGGAGGCUGCUGCCGUGAGACUCCUCGGGGCGGGAUGCUGGAGGCCCCCCUUGUGCAGGCAUCCAUCCCAGCUGUCUGUCCCGCAGGUGGAGCGGCAGGGCCUGGACGCCUCCAUCAGCGUGGCGGCGGUGGAUGGGGUGCCGGCGGCAGCAGCGGAGCGCUGGGCAGAGCAGACCGGCACCCAGCGCCUCCUGGACAACCUGGCAGCCUACCGGGCCUUCCGCACGCUGCUGGCACAGAUGCUGGAGGAGCAGCGGGAGCAGUUGGGAGACGCCGAUGCUGAGCUGGGCCCGGCGCUGGCGGCCGUGCUGCUGCAGGUCUCGGCCUUUGCCUACCACCUGGAGGAGCUGCUGGAGCUGGAGAGCCGCGGGGCCCCUGCUGAGGAGGGCUCCGAGCCCCCUGCACCCCCACGCCUCAGCCUCUUUGAGCAGAAGCUGCGAGGCCUGGGGGUGCUGCGGGAGCUGGCCCAGUGGGCCGUCAGGUCGGUGCGGGACCUGCGGCAGCUCGCCAAGCAUGGCCCAGGCAGUGGCACGGCACUGGGUCUGCCUGAGAGCCAGUGAUGGAGGUGUGGGGAGCCCCGGCCCAGACGGGGCUUAGCUGGGGGCCCAUCUCUGUGCGGGGCUGCUGACAGGCGCGGGAGCUUCCGGGAACAAAGGGGCCACACUACUAACCAGGGCCCUUCUGCUUCCUAAUGGGCCCCUUUCCCUGUGGUGGAAACUUAGGUACAGGGAGGGAACUCCUGGCGAGGUGGGCCUUGUGGAUGACCCACAACCCCACCAUGGCCUGGAAGCCAUGACUCCCAGUGUGCUGUGCAGGGCCAUCCUGUUCUGUGGGACCGGGUUGCUGCUGUCUCCUGAUGGCCGGGUGAUGCUUCUGGAGGAGGGGAGCUGCCUCAGGGUUUUUGCAGGGGUGAGAGGGAUGUGGAGGCACCACCUGGUGAAAGCCGGCUCAGGAAUUGUCCCUCUCUCUGCAAGGUCUGAGGCUUUGCCUCGUUCAGGUGCUCCCUUUUCUCUCCGCUCCUGCACAGCUUCCACCCUGCCUGCAUGUUCUGCGUGCUGAAUUUCUGCUCUGACUGCUUGGGGCCGUUCUCAGGAGGGGAGUGGGAUUUGAGCUGGAUGGCAUUUCUUAGCUGGUCGGACAGGGUAUAGAGAAGGUAUUUGUAUAGAAGGCUGACUGGAAAGACCCUCUUCUUGCCUCUGGGAGCUGUUUUAAGACUGGAGAGGGAGAAGCAAACAGCCACUGUUGGCCACUGUUUUCUUCCAGGGUGGCUGUGGUGGAUGCUGAGCAAAUAAAGCAUGUGGAGAGCCA